CAAACAUCAUCCUCCUUCAGUCUUUGAGGAUUUGGGACACACAGUCCACAACUGAGCCAUGAAGGUCCUCUGCCUGCUCUUCGCUGUUCUCCUCUUCCUCUUCCAGGCUGCGCCAGGCUCAGCAGAUCCACUUUACCCUGACACCGUAGCAUGCAGGAACCAGGGGAAUUUCUGCCGUGUAGGGUCAUGCCCCCCCACCUUCACCAUCUCUGGACCGUGCCAUGGGGGGCUGUUAAACUGCUGUGCCAAGGUUCCGGCACAGUAAGGAAAGGCUUCCACUGGGUCAGUGCCCUUGUACCAGCAACAUUUCCACUGCCUUGAGGAGCUGAUUUUGAUGGAUUCCUCCUCUGUCUAAACCCCCAGCAAAUGAGCCUUCAAAGAAGCUUCCAGAGGGCACGUCCUGUUAGCACACUGCUUCUGGAGAUCCUGGUUUUCCUUGCUGAAGUCACUCCCUUUUUUUUGCUUUUAAUUAAUACACAAGCCACUUUGGCAUCUUGGCCACCUAUUCCAGCCUACCUCACGGGAUGUUUGGAUGCUCAGUCACUUUGGGUUCAUGCAGAUCUUGGAGCAUAUGAAGCAAUACAUAUGUUAUUAUUUUAUUCACACACCCAAAUAAAUGUC